ACUGACAGUCUGGCUGUCAGUGACAUUUUUAGGUUAUAUUUACAGGAACUUGAGUAAUCGUCUGAAUAAAACGAAAUAAAAAGUUAUUUUCAAUACAUAAAGCAUUUAAAAUGCUCAGCGCUAUCAGAAGUAGCAUACGAGCUCCAUUCGUAAGUGUGGGACGGCUGUUUCACACAACACCAGCACAGUCGAAGGAGAAGUUUGAUCACAAGCGAAUUCCUCAGGACGAUGAAGGAGUUCAGGGGGAGAAACUCAUUGACCUCGAUUCUGUGCUCAAAGCGAAACAAAGCUUAUUCCCAACAGCAGAGUCCGACGAUUUGUUAUUUGACGGUACACCGUACAAGCAGCUCCCGAUCUGCAACAUUCGAGUGAGCCACAACAACACAAUAUUCACUCUGACUGACUCAAAUGGAGCUGUAAAGGUCCUCAAAUCUUGCGGUAUGGAAGGGUUUAAGAACACCAAAAAGGGUACCAAUAUUGCAGCACAGACCACUGCUAUCAGUAUAGCUACGAAAGCUAUAAGUAGAGGAAUCAAAACAGUAAGGGUCAAAGUGAGAGGAUUGGGACCUGGGAGAUUGGCUGCUGUAAAAGGAUUGCAAAUGGGUGGUUUAGACAUAGUGUCUGUGACAGAUAGUACUCCAGUCUCAUGGAACCCCCCAAGACCUAGGAAGGCCAGGAGACUUUAAUCAUUUAUCUUUAAUUCAUUUACACCAUGUACAUUUUAGUUCAGUUAAAUU